GCGGCCAGCCGGCUGCAUGGCGCGCUGUGAGCGGCUGCACGGCGCGGGCCUGCGCGACGUGCUGGCCCGGACGCAGGGCGUUCUGUUCGACUGCGACGGGGUGCUGUGGAACGGCGAGCGCGCCGUGCCCGGCGCCCCGGAGCUCCUGGAGCGGCUGGCCCGGGCCGGUAAGGCGACGCUGUUCGUGAGCAACAACAGCCGGCGCGCGCGGCCCGAGUUGGCCCUCCGCUUCGCGCGCCUGGGCUUCGGGGCGCCGCGCGCCGAGCAGCUCUUCAGCUCGGCCGUGUGCGCCGCGCGCCUGCUCCGCCAGCGCCUGCCGGGCCCGCCGGGCGCGCCGGGCGCCGUGUUCGUGCUGGGCGGCGAGGGGCUGCGCUCCGAGCUGCGCGCCGCGGGGCUGCGCCUGGCUGGGGACCCCGGCGACCCCCCGGACGCCCCUCCGCGCGUGCGCGCCGUGCUCGUGGGCUACGACGAGCACUUCUCCUUCUCCAAGCUGAGCGAGGCGUGCGCGCACCUGCGCGACCCCGACUGCCUGCUCGUGGCCACCGACCGCGACCCUUGGCACCCGCUCAGCGACGGCAGCCGGACCCCCGGCACCGGCAGCCUGGCCGCCGCGGUGGAGACGGCCUCGGGCCGCCAGGCCCUGGUGGUGGGCAAGCCCAGCCCCUACAUGUUCGAGUGCCUCACGGAGCAGGUCCCCGUGGACCCCGCCCGCACGCUCAUGGUGGGGGACCGCCUGGAGACCGACAUCCUCUUCGGCCACCGCUGCGGCAUGACCACCGUGCUCACGCUCACGGGCGUCUCGCGCCUGGAGGAGGCCCAGGCCUACCUGGCGGCCGGCCAGCACGACCUGGUGCCCCACUACUACGUGGAGAGCAUCGCGGACUUGAUGGACGGGCUGGGGGACUGAGCCCACCCACCUGUUGCCCACUCCCCCUGCCCCCUGAGCCCCCAGACGGACGCGGGGCUCGGGCCUGGUGAGCCACGUCCUGUGCCGUGGGCGCCCCGGCCCGUCUCUUCGCUCCGGUGGGGUUGGGACCCAGGGGAGGUUUGCCCUGGCGCGGCUGUUCCAAGGCUCCCCAGGCCCGGCCCGACCAGGUGGCCUUAUUUCCUGCCCUGCCACCUGCCCUCUGCGGAAAAUGGGUCCUGGUGCCCACCGAAGGUUCCCCCGCCCUGAGCACUGGAUUUCCUCCCUGUCUCUAGGCCGCCCCCCCACCCCCCAGCCCUGCCACCACCAGGGGGACUGCGGAGCCCAUGGUCUGCGAGAACCAAAGGCGGCUGAGGGACAGACAGUGAGCCCCGGUCAGUCCCGAGAGGAGCCGCCACCCCACCUGCCCUCGGCCCCAGCGCACCACGCGGAAGCCGAGCGAGGGCGGUCCUUGCAUGUCCUAGGAACCCGGGGACACCGCGCGUUAGCCACUCACUGGUCUCUCAGACCCCAGUAGAGCAGUGUGGAAGUCAGGGAGACCGUGGCCCCUUGACAAUCUGCAUCUGGCUGGACCGGCCAAGGUGUCCGGAUUUCAGUCAAUCAACAUGGGGCCAAGUGUGAAGACACCCCUCUACAAAGUGUGGGGGGCCCUGGGGCUGCUGUGGAGAGCCCCAUCCCUCUACAGCCCCUGUCCAGUGUUGACAGUGAUCACCGCGGGGCAGGGGGUCCUGUUCCCUCCCCCCACCCCCGUGUCAGUGUUGUGCCACCUUCCCUAAGCCCACGUCCGCCUAUUUAUGUAUUUAUUAUGAUGAUGAUGAUGAUGUGCCAGUCAGUGGGGGCUGGGCCUUCCCACUACCUCCGCCCUGUUGUAACCAGUCCUUAAUAAAGUGCCGUGGGAGUGUC